CCAAGCACUGGCUACUUCCUGUAUUCUGCUAGCCAACUGUGCUGUAGUCAGCCGCAGAGACUGCAACCUACUGUGCCAUCCAAGAUGCUGGCCCUCAUCAACAGACUGCUUGACUGGUUCAGGGCGCUGUUUUGGAAGGAGGAGAUGGAGCUCACAUUAGUGGGACUCCAGUACUCCGGGAAAACUACCUUUGUUAACGUGAUUGCAUCGGGACAGUUCAGCGAAGACAUGAUCCCCACAGUCGGCUUCAACAUGAGGAAGGUCACCAAAGGCAACGUGACGAUAAAGAUAUGGGACAUAGGAGGACAGCCCCGCUUCAGGAGCAUGUGGGAGCGCUACUGCAGAGGGGUCAAUGCAAUCGUAUACAUGGUGGACGCAGCCGACCGGGAAAAAAUAGAAGCUUCCAGAAACGAGCUGCACAACCUUUUAGAGAAACCACAACUACAAGGAAUUCCUGUUCUAGUCCUCGGAAACAAACGAGACUUGCCCAACGCACUCGAUGAGAAGCAGCUCAUUGAAAAAAUGAACCUUUCUGCUAUUCAGGACAGAGAGAUCUGCUGCUACUCUGUUUCCUGCAAAGAGAAAGACAACAUAGAUAUCACGCUGCAGUGGCUCAUCCACCAUUCAAAGUCACGGAGAAGCUGAAAGUUGAAGGCUUGGUUCGUCCUCCUCUUCCUCCUCCCUGCAGCUCAGACGUCUGCCCCUUCCUGGUCCCGGGUCCUCGACAGCCGCCCCUUCCACUGCCUGUGUGAAAUAUUCCAGCUUCUGUCUCCACCCACACCUCUCAUUAGCACACAACCACUCAUGUGUCGCCCCUGUCGUCUGGAGUCCUGCUUUGUCCCGCCUUAUCAUUAUCGGUUGAGGCCGCGCCGCGCGUCUGCAUCACUUUUUUGUAACCAGGACACAGAUAAACACGUGAUUGUACUUUCAAGCCAUUCUUUUCCAAGAGAUGAUGGCUGCUUCUGCUGAUGCCUUAGAUUCCAUGCCGGCAGGCGGAGGCAUCUGCUUUAAAUCGAGCAAAACUGGCCUCGGUUUACUCUAAAAAGGUUCAUGGGGCGGUUGUGUCUAAGGCAAAAAGAUCCUGAGCAAAAUUUUAAGUGCCUUCGACUACCAAAGCGUCCCAAUCAGAGAGUUGUCGCUCCAUCUUCAAACUGCUGUCAUCCCUCAGCCCUGGGUUCAGACCCCCUCUAGACAAUCUCAUGUUUUGAAAUGAUAUAAGCUCAUUCUAAUGUCUGAGAAGUGGCAGCUCUGCACAGAUGAGGAGUGAAUUAGUGUGUGAGAGAAGUUACACUUGGUUUCUGGGUAAAUUGGUGUGCAGUUUUGAAUUAUGGAUCAGACUUUGCUUGGGUGGAGGUUACAGUGUAGGUCUCACUUAAUUUGACCGAGAAGCAUCGCUGGCUAUGCUGACAGAGCCCACGGGCAGCAGGGGUCACCGUUUGAUCCGGUUCUGCCUCAACCCUGUCCAGGAAGCAGCUUUUGGACCGUUAAUCAAUAAUUCAAAGCAGUCAGCCAAUGAAUGUCCAGAGUUGGUGGUUCUGCGUCUGCAGAGGGUAAGUCCAGCCCAAAACGGCUGCUGCGUUUCUGACCCCGCCCCUUUUGCUUCUUGUUCUUUGAUCAUUUUAAUCCUUCACGUUGAUUGCUUGGACCACAGCAGCAGCGAGGGCCGUCCCAGCGGGUUGUUCUGCAGAAAGCUGUUUGCUGUGAUCAUUUGUACGUGCAUGUGCUUAUCCACGUUCUAUUGCAGAUUUGUAAAUAAAGUUGUUAGCAUUUUUAUUCAGACAUACUGUUGUAGAUGUCAUGCAUUUUCUCCCUGUGACUGCUAAUAAAUGUUUUUAUUUUUAACGA